AUGGCUUCAUUCCCGACCAGCCGCAUCGGCCUUAACUUGACCCCGGCAACGGCAUCAUGGACCGUUCCCUUCGCGGCGUACUACCUGUUCCUCCAAAACCGAAUCGUAUAUCACCGCUUGACUACCGCGACGUAUUUCGGAGAUAAGAUAGAUGCGUCCAAGGGCAACGAAGAUCCAUUAUACGUGUGCACUCGCGCGCAGCAGAACUUCAACGAGAACAUUCCGCUCACGCUAAUCAUCGCUGCAUUGGCGGAACUCAAUGGAGCCGAACGGAAAUACAUCAACUACUUCCUUGGCGCUAUGUUGGCUUUCCGUAUCUCUCAUGUUGAAUUUGGAUUGAUGCGACCGAAGAGUAAAGGAGUCGGCAGGAUUAUUGGGUACUACGGUACGCAGGCAUCAUUGGUGACGAUGACGGCGUACCUGUUUUAUACUGUCAAGGAUUACUUCAUGUAA